AAACCAUAAUUUUUGUUAUGAAACUCUCAUUAUAUUACUCAUAACUUAGCCCCUUUAUCAAAUAUUUAAUGGAGUAAAAUGUCUAUGUUAGCAUACUAUAAAUACUCACUCAUCAUUUAAUAAGAUUGUAGUUAUAAGUUGGAAUUGUCGUCAUUAAGGUACAAAUUAGUUGAUUUUCAAUUUUAUUAUUUUGAAACUAAUAAUUGAAAACAAUGUCAGAAGAUACAAAAAAAAUUGCUGAGAAAGAAAUUCACAAUACGCUACGAUUUUGUAACUUUUUCAUUCGUAAUGUAGGACUAUCAUUUGUUGACGAAAUACCGACCACAUAUUUCAAAAAAAUAUUUGUAUUAGGAUAUUUUGUGGCAGCAUUAUCCCUUAUACUUCUCAUAUUAAUUGGUGAACAUGCAUAUAUAAUCUAUAUUUUUCAUAAUUUGGUUUCUUUGGAGCAACUAAUUGGGAGUAAUUUACACAUUAUUGGAUAUGGGAUAAUUAGUUUUGGGAAGCUGUUGACCCUUUGGUACAAGAAGAAUACAUUUCGUCAAGUAGUUAAAGAACUAGCUGACAUUUGGCCUGUUGCUGAGACAAAUGCUAAAGCGGUUGCUAUAAAAAAUAGUAGUCUUAAAUCUUUGCGAUCUAUAGAAAUAUUAUACGUCUUUUUGAACGUCAUAGGUGUGAGCUUUUAUACUCUGACUCCAGUAGCCCUGCAUAUCUAUCGAUUAACCAGAGGGAUUCCCACAGAUUUAGGAUACGUAUGGCAGUUGUACUAUCCAUUUGAUCAAACCAAGCCUGUCGUACAUGAAUUAGUUUAUAUGUAUGAAAUAUUUGCAGGAAUGGCGUGCGUGAGUUGCAUGCUGGGCUGUGAUGUAUUUUUUAUAACAAUGGCAAGUCACAUCAGCAUGCUACUACGUAUACUACAAGUCAAGAUUACAAGUAUCGGCACACCAGAUGGGGACAAACUUGUUAGAGAAUCACUUGAUUGCUAUGACGAGAUUGUUGCAGUGGUAAAAAUUCAUCAGAGGUUGAUCAGGUACGGCAAUGAUUUGGAGGAUGCCUUUGCAGUGGUGAACUUGAUAAAUGUUCUUUUAAGCUCUGUCGAUAUUUGCUGUGUUAUGUUUACUAUAGUUUUUCUAGAUCCGGUGAUGGAAGUGAGUAGUAAGUUCUUUCUUGGCGCCGCAUUGACUCAAAUGGGAAUAGUAUGCUGGUAUGCUGACGACAUCUUUACCACGAGUUUAGGCGUGUCGGACGCGGUGUACGAGAGUGGGUGGUACAAUUGCGACAUUCGGAGUCGACGAGCACUCCUCCUAAUGCUGGAGAGAUCACAGCGACCGCUUUAUUUCACUGCAUUGAAAUUUAGCCCCAUUACAUUGAAUACUUAUAGAUCGAUUCUUACGACGUCGUAUUCCUAUUUUACACUGCUAUACACAGCAUAUCGACAAAAUUAA